ACGUCACCAUGCGACGCAGCCCGAUGACGCGAAGGCCCCAGAACAACAUGGCGAAGAAACAACGUGGGGAAGCUGCUCCGUCUUUGAGCAAGGCGGGCAGAGAGAAACAGAUGGAGGGUUUCAGUUUGUUGCUCGAGUCCAGUGACGAUGAAGGGCCCGAAGAGGUGACCUUUGAAGACUCCAAGGCCGAUGCUCUGCGGACCAUGAAACAGGCGCUGGACAGAGCCAGGAGGGAGAAGGAGCUGCUGAGGGAGAAGAGGAGGAAGCGACAGGAGCUCUUCCAGGAGCAGAAGAAAAGAAAACUUCUACCAGCUGACGUCUUGGAGGAAAUCGACUCUGCACUUUCAAAGAAGCAGGAAGAGUCCGAAGUGAGAGCUGAAGAGGAGGCGGAGCCAGAAGAAGUCGAGGGCAGGAAGAGGAAGAGGAAACGGCAAAGUGUCAGAAACCUGAAGGGAAACUACACGGUGACGACGGUGAAGCAGAGCGCGCUGGCGUCCGCCCAGCUGCAGGCGGCCGAGGAUUUCCUCCAUUCCCGGAUGUACGGACCAGGGAGCCGAAGGACCACGAGUAACGAGAUGCUCUCCCUGGAGAACAAGAAGGGGAAGAACAAGAGUGCAGCCGUGCAGUUUGUGAAGAAGGACUGGGCCUGUCGAGAGAAAGCCAAAGCAGAGAAGCUGAAGAAGAGAUGGAUCCACAAGCAGCAGCUUCCCUCCAGCUGAUCACAGCAGGAAGAAGGUCCCUCAGAUGCAGCUGUUUAGUUUAAAAGGUGCGAUUUAUUGUCCUGUAACCUUAAUCUCAUGUAAUUAUUUGAUAAAAGAUGCUGUUUAAUAAAAGAUGCUUAUGCUUUAGAAUCUGGUUUACUUUUAUUAGUAAAUUAAAACUGUUCCAACAUGAACAUUGGGUCAAUGAAAUGUUUUAUAUGAAGUUUAAGACACUGACUAUUUAUUAACGUUACUACUUUCUGACAUUCACAAGAUAAUUUAGUCAAACCUGGUUUUCCUUUCACUUUAUUUGGAGUCAUCGAGCUGAUUUAUUCCAACAGAAACACUUCUGCAAGUUAAAGCCUGUUUACAAUGUAAUAAAUGUGUCAGUUUCAUGGUGUCCACCAAGUUAAUAAUUGGUGAUUUAAGGCCAGAACUAAAACAAAUGACUUAAUUUGCAUGAUGUAUAAAUAAAAAUGAUUGACAGCUUUGAGCUGAACACAACGAGCUCCAUUCAGCAGCCAGACAUCGUUUUAUCACUUUUUUUAAUAAAAAUCUUUUCACCCUCACACAAA